AAACUUUCCUCUUGAAAAUUUGAUUAGGCUAGAUGAUUAUUCUCAAUCAGACAUUCAAAAGAGGGAAUGUGUCUCUAAAAUGUUAACUAUUUAGCAAAAGCAGGCUUGAAUGCUUUGCUUUUAUGAAUCAUGAUUCGUGUUUUCUUGCGUCCAGUGUCUGAGAGAGUCUGAGAAUCCCUGGUGUGAGCAGUUGCCAUGGUGUACAGUUGGCUGUUGCUUUCCGUCUACAUCUUCACCUUCCUGAUGGGGGUCCCCACCAACAUCCUGGCAUUCUGCACCUUGUGCCGCAAGGUGCAUCGCAAGGCAGUCCCGAUAGACAUCCUCCUCCUCAACCUCACCAUCUCCGACCUCAUCUUCCUGGCUAUCCUGCCGUUUAAGAUGAAGGAGGCCUUCGACAACAAGGUGUGGAUGAUGCCCUACGCCCUGUGUCCCUUCACUGGCUUUAUGUUCUUCGUCACCAUCUACAACAGCACCCUGCUCCUCACAGCUGUGAGUGUGGAGCGCUACCUGGGGGUGGCCUUCCCCCUCAGGUAUUCUGUGUGUCGUAGACCUCGCUACGCCGUGUUUGCCUGCAUCAUGUUCUGGGUGGUGACCUCUCUGAACCUCAGCAUCGUCUACAUCAUACCGUACGCCCAGUUGAGGAAAGGUGCAGACAUUGACAACAGCAAUGGCAGCACCGCCAGCAAGUCUCCUCUCACCUGCUACCUGUAUUUCGCAGAGGACGAGCUCGAGAUCCUGCUGCCAGUCCGCCUGGAGCUCUUCUGCGUUCUCUUCUGCGUCCCCUUCUUCAUCUGUUGCUUCUGCUACGUCAACUUCAUCCGCAUUCUGUCCCGUCUUCCAAACAUCGGCAGGCGCCGGAGGCUCCGUGCCAUUGGUCUGGCGGUCGGCACGCUGAUAGUCUUCGCCGUCUGUUUUGGGCCUUACAACGCCUCCCACGUGGUGGGGUAUGUUCUUCAGGAGAGUGAGGAUUGGAGGGACGUGGCAUUGCUCUCCAGCACCUUCAACGCCUGCCUGGAUCCAUUUAUCUUCUACUUCUCCUCAGCUGCUGUCAGAAGCAUGUUAAAUCACUGCUUCAGGAACAUCAUGGCAAAGCUGCACAUCCUGAGGUGUGGAGGCGCUCCUCACUCUCCUAACCAGAGACCCUCCAAGACUGAAAAAUACAAGGAAGCCCCUCUUCCUUGAAC